UAAGUCUACAGGUAUCACAUAACUACUUUAGUUGCUCUCAUCUAUUAGUAAAAUUUAAGGUUACUACAAUUUUUUUAAAAUGAAAACUAUUAUUAUACAUUUAAAUAUUAUAUUAUUUAUUGUAUGCUUCUUCAAAGAGUCGUCAGAAAAAUCAGUUACACUUGGCUUAAAUGAAGGCGAUAUAUGCAAAAAAGGCGAUGAAUUGAAUUCAAAUAACUUAUGUAAGAGUACUGAAAACUGCGAAUCCUUGAAAAUGAUGAUUGCAGAUGGAAUAUAUCCUGAUUUGUGUUCGUUUGAUGAACAAAAUCCAAUAUUUUGUUGUCCACCGACUAUUCGAAGAAUAAAAAUUUUAAAUAAUUCGAUUAAUGAAAUACCGAGCAUUGUUAACGAAAAGUGUCAGGAGUAUUCUAAGUUAAUGAAAAAGUUUAAAAUAGAAGAUACUAAUUUGACUGCAAAGUUAACAGAGUUUACAACAGAGUCCGGAUUUACAAAGAAAUACACUUACCCGUUUUCAAUGGACUGUGAAGCAGAUUUAAAAUCAUCAGUAACGAGUAUUGUCAUAGAAAAAUACCAAAAAGUUACUAAAAAAUCACGUUACACGAAAGUUAUUUCAAAAAAUAUUCCAUUGGCUAAACCAAAAGAAUACCCACACAUGGCGAUAAUUGGAUUUGGUGAGAAGCUGGAAGAUAGUUCGUGGGGUUGCGGAGGUUCACUGAUUAGUGAAAGAUGGAUAUUAUCAGCUGCGCAUUGUGAAAAAUUGAAAGGGCAUAAUGUUAUAAAAAUGGCACGUUGGGCUCGAUUAGGAGAUUUAAACAUAAUCUUGACUACAGACGACGCUCGACCGAAAGACUAUCGAAUUGUGCGACACGUCAUACAUCCAUGUUUUAAACCACCUUCGAAUUACAACGAUAUAGCUCUGUUCCAGUUGGAAAAAAACGUCGAGUUCUCCGAGUACGUAAUGCCGAUCUGUCUUAAUUCAAAUCCGUCUUUAGAACCUCAAAUGCAAGUAGCUACUAGUUGGGGUAAACCUUCUUACGAAUCUGUUUCAAUGAGUCAUGAUUUGUUAAAAGUAGAACUGAAUAUCGUCUCCGGGAGUGUUUGCAAUGAUAGUUAUGGCAUUUCAAAUGCACUGUUAAAAUACGGCAUAUUAAACGACAGAAUGAUUUGUGCGACUCCACUAGAAGGCACUAUCGACGUUUCUGCGGGAGAUUCUGGCGGUCCGCUUCAAUAUAAACACAACGGAUCAAUCAUACAUACCCAAUACGGAAUAAUAUCAUUUGGAACAAAUUUUGGAGAUGAUCCCGUAGUGUAUACUAGAGUAUCAAAAUAUAUUUCUUGGAUUGAAAGUAUCGUCUGGUCUUUUUAUUUAAAAAUGAGAAAUAAUAUUUUUUUUAAAAAUUCAAUAUUAAAAAUUACAUUAAUCGCUUUAUGCAUUUUCAACGCAUCAUCACAAGUGAUAAAAAAUCUUGGGUUGAACGAAGGUGAUAAAUGUCGUACAGCUCAAAGAUCAAAUGAAGAUUAUGUGUGUACUAGUGCAAGAGAUUGUAAAGCUUUUAAAGAAAGUAUUAUAACUCGUAAUUAUCUUGAUGUAUGCGAGUUCAUUGGUUUAGAACCGAUAGUUUGUUGUCCGGCUAAUAAACAGUUAACUGAAAUACCUACAGCAAUUAAUAGUGGAAAUUCAACAACUGCCGAUGAAAAAUGCAAUCAAUAUUUUCAAUUGGUACCAAAUAAGUUUGGAAUUGCAGCUGUUGGUGGUACACCGGUUAAAACAAAAGAGUUUCCACACAUGGCGUUAAUAGGAUAUGGUGACACCACAAAAUAUGGAGAUGAUUGGAGAUGCGGAGGUUCGCUGAUUAGCGAAAGGUGGAUAUUGACAGCAGCACAUUGUCAGCAAUUUGGUUCUUCGAAUAUGGCUCGAUGGGUCCGACUCGGUGUUAUAGACAGAGUCGUUAAAGAAGACAGUGUAGUUCAGCCUAAGGACUAUCGAAUAGUGCAGCAUGUUAUACAUCCCGGUUAUAAACCACCUUCGCUUUACAACGAUAUAGCUCUGUUCCGGUUGGAAAGGAAUGUAGAAUUUUCUGAUGCAGUGCGACCAAUUUGUCUUAACUCGGAUCCGUCUAUUACACCUUUAAAACAGAUAUUAACUGGUUGGGGUAGAAUUUCAACAGCUGGGCCAGUAAGUGACAAUUUGUUAAAAGUAGAAUUGGAUAUUUACCCAAUAAACCAGUGCAACGAAAGUUAUUUUUCAAAUAAUAAUCCAAAAUUAAAAUUUGGCAUAUUACCUGAUAGUAUGAUAUGCGCGGGUUCGUUUGAUGGCGAAAAAGACAGUUGUUCGGGUGAUUCAGGAGGUCCACUUCAAUUAGAACAUGAAUUCUAUAAGAAUAUGUAUACUCAAUACGGGAUUACAUCGUUUGGGAAAUUGUGUGCUGACAAGGAUACCCCCGGAAUUUAUACUAAAGUAGCUAAUUACAUUACAUGGAUCGAAAAAAUAGCGUUUUCAAACAACUGAGAAUAUUCAAUAAAAGUUAAUAAAAUUAAAGAAUAAAAUAAAUACAAUA